AUGGAUCACUCCAGAGAUCCCUGCCCCUGGGUCGCCCUGAGCGAUUUUGGUGGUGCUUUCUGCAUGGGUGCCAUCGGUGGUGCUGUCUGGCACGGUGUCAAGGGUUUCCGCAACAGCCCCUACGGUGAGCGCCGGAUAGGUGCUCUCACUGCCAUCAAGGCGCGUGCGCCCGUUCUCGGUGGUAACUUCGGUGUCUGGGGUGGUUUGUUCUCGACCUACGACUGUGCUAUCAAGGGUAUUCGCAAGAAGGAGGAUCCCUGGAACGCCAUUAUCGCUGGUUUCUUCACUGGUGGCUCUCUGGCCGUCCGUGGUGGUGUCAAGGCUGCCCGUAACUCCGCCAUCAUGUGCGCCGUCUUCCUGGCUGUCAUUGAGGGUGUCGGUAUUGGUUUCCAGAGAAUGAUGGCCGAUAACACAAAGCUGGAGGUACGAUUGUCCUCUUGCCAAAGCGCGAACAUCAUCAUUUGA